AUGCGCGUCUUUGCCAUAAUCCUGUUCUUUCAGGCUGUCCUCGCCCUCUCGGGGGGUCCAGGGUCUCCCGACGCAGUCCCGAGGCGUGUCCUUCGGCCCCAGAAGCGUCAAGUCGUGCCCGCGGGGCCCUCGGCGACGGGCCGCGGCCUCCCGAGCCAUGAAGACGUGAAGCGGCAGGCCGAGUCUCAGAGACGCCGGCUGUGCGUCGUGAGGCCGAGGACCGACGGUGGCGACGACGCUCCGGCGCUGAUGGACGCCUUGAACCGCAAAUGCCGGACCCGGAGCGUCGUUUACCUACCAGGUCCCGUGUACAACAUCCGCACCGCCAUGACGACGCUGGAUCUCCACGACGUCCGCAUCGUACUGCUGGGCCGGCUGCUCUGGAGCCCGGAUAUUGAGUACUGGCGGUCCGUGUCGAUGCCCGUCGGAUUCCAGAACCAGAGCACCGUGUGGUACUUUGGCGGCGACCAGGUCCAUUGGGACGGAUAUAAUGUCGGGACUCUAGACGGCAACGGGCAGGUCUGGUACGACUGGGCCAAGGGCCAGGGAAACCUGCCGCGGCGGCCCAUGAACAUCAACUACCGGCGGCUCACCAACUCGGCCAUCCGGCGGUUGCGCUUCGUGCAGAGCCAGAUGUGGACCAUGGCCAUCACCCACUCCCAGAACGUGGAUCUCGACGACAUCUACGUCAGCAGCACGUCCAAGAGCCAGUGGAACACUCUCAACACGGAUGGAUGCGACACCAUCUACUCGGAUCGCAUCACCUUCCGGCGCUGGUUCGUCGACAACGGCGACGACUCCAUCGCUCUCAAGGGCAACUCGAGCAACAUUGCCAUCUACGACAGCACCUUUGUCAACGGCCAGGGCGUCGCCAUCGGCUCAAUGGGCCAGUACAACGGCCGCCACGAGUACAUCACCGACUUCUACGCUCGCAACAUCACCCUCCGCAACACAGCCCACGUCUCAUACUUCAAGACCUGGAGCGGCGUCUCGCGCGGCGUGCCCCCCAACGGCGGCGGCGGCGGUCUGGGCCACGCCUCCAACAUUUUCAUGGAGGACAUUCGCAUCGACGGCUUGCGCAAGCAGCCCUUCUUUGCCUGGCAGUGCGAGAACUACUCGGGCCUCGCGGGCAAGGACUGCAACUCGAGCAAGUUCAAGCUCAACAACUUCGCCUGGCGCCGGGUUAGCGGCACCGUCAACAACGAGGUCCAGGAAACGGGCCACCUCCAGUGCAGCUCCAGCGCUGGCGGUUGCGAUGACGUGAAGGUUUCGGACAUCCGCAUCACCAAGGCCGGCCGCCCCUUCAACGUCUGGCAUUGCGAAAACGUACAUGGCAACGUUGGCUUCAAGUGCAACGGAUGA